CUUGAAGAAACAGCUUUAAAUGAAAUUGAUCAACUUAUUGAAAGUUUGAACGAACUAAUUAAUAAUUUGAUUCCUAUUCUAGAAGAAGAAUUAGAUGAACAAAAUUCUCUUACAAAAAUAAAGGAAGAUCUCAUACAACUUCUUGAACCUUAG